ACGUUCCCUCAUGUGGUUCCAGGGCAGAAUUCUGCGGGAGAUCCAUCCAGAAGACACCCCGCGCACAUGCAUAGAAUCACCGCUCCUCUGGGAGCGAGUGAGCUCUUUGCCCGUUUUGAAGUGAAGAUUGCGCACGGAGAGUUUGGUCCGCCGCUGCUUGCCGUCGUGCCAGCCGCAGGGGGUUCUGGGAGUGGGCAAUCGCGUGUCGCGUCCGGAAUCCCCGACUCGCGGCGAGUGUGACCGUUACAGGGAGCGCGAGGUGCAGGGAGCCCGUUGCCAAGGAGGGGAGAAGUCGGGGUGGGUGACAGCGCUAGGACCCGGGGAGGGAGAGCGGGCUGCGAGAUGUCCCGGCUCAUUGUGAAGAACCUGCCGAGCGGGAUGAAGGAUGAACGUUUUAAGACGCUAUUUGGUGCCUUUGGAGCAUUAACAGACUGCACACUGAAGUUCACAAAAGAUGGAAAAUUUCGAAAGUUUGGAUUUGUUGGCUUCAAAACAGAAGAGGAAGCACAAGCUGCUUUAAAACACUUCAAUAAGAGCUACGUAGACACUUCCAGAAUUGUUGUGGAGUUUUGUAAAUCAUUUGGGGAUCCAGGAUUGUCCAGACCAUGGAGCAAACACUCGCAGAAGAAUCCAACUGGACAAAUUCCAGAAAAGACAAAAGAACAAAAAUGCAAAAGUGAAGGAAAAAAGGAUAAACAGAAGAAACCUGUCAUUGAAAACCUGGAGCACUUGAAGGAAGAUGAUGAGUUUGAGGAAUUUCUGGCAGUACAUCAGAGCCGUUCCAGUGUACCAACCUGGACUAAUGAUACCUUACCUGCAAAGAAAAAGGAUGCUACACAUUUGGCUGAUUAUCUGAACUUUGAUUCAGAAGAUUCUGAAGGUUCUGAAGAACUGAGUGAGGAGCAGGAGGACACUAUUGAAGAAGCAAAAAGCAAACCAAAGCAAACACAGGAAAAUGUUGCAUUGAGAAAUGAAGUAUCUGACAUGGAUUACUUAAGGUCAAAAAUAGUGAAGAUUGAAGGCAAAUCUGAAAGUGAUGAUGAAUCUAAAGCAGAUGAUGAAAAUAAUCUGAAAUCAUCCACUGAAGGAAGUAGACCAAUACAUACAGACAGCAAUUGUGAAAGUGGACAAAAAAGGCAGGAUAACAAACUAGCACAGAGGAAUAAAACAGAGCUGGAGAAAAAAACUCACCAAAAUGAACCUACCACACCAUUUACUUUGAAGCUGCGAGGGGCUCCCUUCAGUGUGAAAGAGAAACAAAUAAGAGAAUUCUUUGUCCCGACGAAACCUGUGGCUGUCCGAAUUGUCAAAAAUGCAAAUGGAAACACAACAGGUUAUGUAUUUGUUGAUUUUGAGUCAGAAGGUGAUCUUGAAAAGGCUUUGCAAAGGAAUAAAGACUAUAUGGGUGGAAGAUAUAUUGAACUUUUUAGGGAGAAUUAUGCUCGAACAACUAAACCAGAUAGAAAAAAUAAUGACCAAAAAUGGCUACAAAGGGAAAAGAAAGAAGAUGAGGAGGAAGAGGAUCUUUCUGACUCGGGAAGAUUGUUUGUUCGGAACUUAUCUUAUAUGUGUACAGAAGAAGACUUAGAGAAGGUAUUUUCUAAAUAUGGACCGUUAGCAGAGAUUCAUUUUCCUAUAGACAGCCUAACGAAGAAGCCAAAAGGCUUUGCAUUCAUUACGUACAUGAUGCCUGAACAUGCUGUGAAGGCCUUUGCUGAAUUAGAUGGGGAAGUGUUUCAGGGCAGGAUGAUGCACAUUUUACCAUCUACAGUAAAAAAGGAGAAGACUGAAGACAGUGAAACAUCAGGCCUCUCUACUUACAAGAGAAAUAAAGCAGCUAACGACAAGGCCAGCAGUAGCAGCUCACAUAACUGGAAUACUUUAUUUAUGGGAACUAAUGCUGUUGCUGAUGCAAUAGCAGCAAAAUAUAAUGCUACAAAAAGCCAAGUCCUGGAUCAUGAAGGAAAAGGCAGUGUUGCAGUCCGCAUGGCCCUGGGUGAGACGCAGAUAGUACAAGAGACCAGGCAGUUCUUGAUAGAUAAUGGAGUUAAGUUGGACUCCUUCAGUCAGGGUGCUGGGAAGAGAAGUAAAACCGUUAUCCUUGUAAAGAAUAUUCCUGUUGGAACACAAGUGGAAGAAUUGGAGAAAAUAUUUAAGAAAUAUGGAGAUGUUGCACGUGUUUUACUUCCAUCAGCUGGUGUAACAGCCAUUGUGGAAUUUCUAGAACCUACAGAAGCAAAACAGGCAUUUACAAAGCUUGCAUAUUCCAAGUUCCAGCAUGUACCACUUUAUCUCGAGUGGGCUCCCAUGGAUGUGUUCUGUACCACAACCCCAGAGACUAAGAAAUCUGAAAAGAAACAAAGUAGUAUAGAUGAGGACGACCAAGCAAAGGAUGAAAAUGAAGCAGAUAAUUCGAGUGAGGGUGAGGAAGAGCACCUUCCAGGAUGCACUUUAUUUGUGAAAAAUUUAAAUUUUUUGACAACUGAAGAAACAUUGGUGAAGACAUUUGAAAAGUGUGGACCAUUGAAAAGUUGCAGUAUAUCGAAGAAGAAAGACAAAACAGGUUCUCUUUUAUCAAUGGGAUAUGGUUUUGCGGAAUAUGCAAAAUCUGAGUCUGCCAACAAAGCACUAAAACUGCUGCAGCAUUGUACGGUGGAUGGUCAUCAACUAGAGUUGAAGAUAUCAAACAGAGCUACAAUCACUGUGAAUCCAGCAAGAAAAUUCCAGAAAGCAAAAAAGCAAACGGUUUCCAAAAUCCUGAUUCGUAAUAUUCCUUUCCAGACAAAAGUGAAGGAAAUCCGUGAGCUUUUCAGUACCUUUGGAGAAAUAAAGACUGUGCGAUUACCUAAAAAAAUGGGUGGAACGGGUGCACACAGGGGCUUUGGAUUUGUAGACUUUCUCACAAAGCAAGAUGCAAAGAAAGCCUUCAAUGCUCUUUGCCACAGCACUCACUUGUAUGGUCGACGAUUAGUACUGGAAUGGGCAGACUCUGAAGAUACAGUGGAGACAUUACGCAGAAAGACAGCUGAACAUUACCAUGGUAAACAAUCUUUGAAUUGUAAAUUCAUAUGUUAACCAAGGAAACUUAAGUUGAAGUACAUUAU